UCAUCCCAGCAGCCCCAACGCCAAGUUUGAUAAGGCAACAAAGGCCAUAUGACACAAUGACAACUGUGGCGCCCCCCCCCUUUUCUGGCCACAGGGUGCUUCAUGAGGUAAAUUAAGUCAGCUGAUCCAAAAAGGGAGGAAUGAAUUUGGGGGUACACCCAGAAGAUGGAGAAGCCAUCAGACACACAGAGAAUCAACCAAGUGUCAUUCUCUAGUGAAAAAGCACCCUCGAUGGAAAUUCCCGAUCUUGAUUUCGAUGACUACCCCUUUGAAAGCGAAGCCGGGGAGAAAUUUAGUUAUCAGGAUGGUGUACCAGCAUUCAUAGCCUCCAGACUACAGAGCAAGAUGGAUAGUAUUCCACAAGCUAUACGAGAUCUAAUUCUGGGUGCUGAUGACAUUUUGGAAUCUCCCAUCUCACGAGCAACAACUGUUUUGUCAUAUGAAGAUCCCUUUGAAAUAGCUCAGAAAUACUUGGAAAAACACAACAUUAUGCAAAUAUUCCAGCGGAUCACUGAAAACUUAAUCUAUGAACUGCCUGAAGACCCUUUGUAUUUUUUGCUGUGGCAGAUUCAACAAUUAAUCAAAGAGAGGGAUGAAAAAAAAACCAGCAAAUAAAGAACUUUUCCUCAUUCUCAACCAUCA